CCGCCAGCCCCAGCGCCGCUCCGGGGCGGCGGGCGGCGGGACCCACGGAGCCGCUUUGUGUGCAGCCCGACGAGGGGCGGCGGCGCAACCACCUGACAGAGGCCCGGCGCUCGAUGCACCUUCCGCCCGCAUGAGGAGGAGAGGCCGGUAGAGGACUGUGAAAGAAAAGUUGUCCCCCAGGAUGGACUUCACCGCGCAGCCCAAGCCUGCCACUGCCCUCUGUGGCGUCGUGAGUGCAGACGGGAAGAUUGCCUACCCUCCCGGAGUAAAGGAGAUCACCGACAAGAUCACCACCGACGAAAUGAUCAAACGAUUGAAGAUGGUAGUGAAAACUUUCAUGGAUAUGGAUCAGGACUCAGAAGAUGAAAAACAGCAGUAUCUCCCACUAGCCUUGCAUCUUGCAUCUGAAUUCUUCCUCAGGAACCCUAAUAAAGAUGUGCGUCUCCUUGUAGCAUGUUGUUUAGCUGACAUAUUUCGAAUCUAUGCCCCCGAAGCUCCAUAUACUUCUCAUGAUAAACUUAAGGACAUAUUUUUGUUUAUUACCAGACAAUUAAAAGGUUUGGAAGACACAAAGAGUCCACAGUUUAAUAGAUACUUUUAUUUAUUAGAGAAUUUAGCUUGGGUUAAAUCAUAUAAUAUCUGCUUCGAAUUGGAAGAUUGCAAUGAAAUUUUUAUUCAGCUUUUUAGGACUCUCUUCUCAGUGAUCAACAAUAGCCACAAUAAGAAGGUACAAAUGCACAUGCUAGACUUGAUGAGUUCUAUCAUCAUGGAAGGUGAUGGAGUUACUCAAGAAUUAUUGGACUCCAUACUUAUUAACCUCAUUCCUGCACAUAAGAACUUAAAUAAACAGUCCUUCGACCUUGCAAAAGUCCUCUUAAAGAGGACAGUUCAGACUAUUGAGGCAUGCAUUGCCAAUUUUUUCAAUCAAGUCCUGGUGCUGGGAAGAUCAUCAGUAAGUGAUUUGUCAGAACAUGUAUUUGAUCUGAUUCAGGAACUUUUUGCCAUAGAUCCUCAUUUGUUAUUAUCUGUCAUGCCGCAGCUUGAAUUCAAACUGAAGAGCAAUGAUGGAGAAGAACGAUUAGCUGUUGUUCGACUUCUAGCUAAAUUGUUUGGCUCUAAAGAUUCUGACUUGGCAACACAGAAUCGUCCUCUUUGGCAGUGUUUUCUUGGACGAUUCAAUGACAUUCAUGUUCCUGUGAGAUUAGAAAGUGUGAAAUUUGCCAGUCACUGUUUAAUGAACCACCCAGAUUUAGCAAAGGAUCUUACAGAGUAUUUGAAGGUUAGGUCACAUGACCCAGAAGAAGCUAUUCGUCAUGAUGUCAUUGUUACUAUAAUAACAGCUGCCAAAAGAGACCUUGCUUUAGUAAAUGAUCAGCUGCUUGGCUUUGUAAGGGAAAGAACACUUGAUAAACGGUGGCGAGUAAGAAAAGAAGCUAUGAUGGGCUUGGCUCAGCUGUAUAAGAAAUACUGUCUUCAUGGUGAAGCAGGAAAGGAAGCUGCUGAGAAAGUCAGCUGGAUAAAGGACAAACUUUUGCAUAUUUAUUAUCAGAAUAGCAUUGAUGACAAACUGUUGGUAGAGAAAAUCUUCGCUCAGUAUCUUGUGCCCCACAACCUGGAAACAGAAGAGAGAAUGAAAUGUUUGUAUUAUUUAUAUGCUAGUUUGGAUCCAAAUGCUGUAAAAGCUCUCAACGAAAUGUGGAAGUGUCAGAACAUGCUUCGGAGUCAUGUACGCGAGCUAUUGGAUUUGCACAAGCAGCCUACAUCAGAGGCUAACUGUUCUGCGAUGUUUGGAAAGCUGAUGACCAUAGCAAAGAAUUUGCCCGAUCCUGGCAAAGCACAAGAUUUUGUGAAGAAAUUUAACCAGGUUCUUGGCGAUGAUGAGAAACUGCGGUCUCAGUUGGAGUUAUUAAUCAGCCCUACCUGUUCAUGCAAACAGGCGGACAUUUGUGUGAGAGAAAUAGCUCGAAAACUUGCUAACCCUAAGCAGCCAACAAAUCCUUUUCUAGAGAUGGUCAAAUUUCUGUUGGAAAGGAUUGCACCUGUGCACAUCGAUUCAGAAGCCAUAAGUGCACUAGUAAAACUGAUGAAUAAAUCAAUAGAGGGGACAGCAGAUGAUGAAGAGGAGGGUGUAAGUCCAGAUACAGCUAUUCGUUCAGGACUUGAACUUCUUAAGGUUCUGUCUUUCACACAUCCUACCUCGUUCCACUCUGCAGAGACGUAUGAGUCCUUGUUACAGUGCCUAAGAAUGGAAGAUGACAAGGUAGCAGAAGCUGCAAUACAGAUUUUUAGAAAUACAGGCCAUAAAAUAGAAACAGACCUUCCUCAGAUACGAUCGACCUUAAUUCCCAUUUUACAUCAAAAAGCAAAGAGGGGUACUCCACACCAAGCAAAACAGGCCGUGCAUUGUAUACAUGCCAUAUUCACAAAUAAAGAAGUCCAGCUUGCACAGAUUUUUGAGCCACUCAGUAGGAGUCUGAAUGCUGAUGUACCAGAACAACUUAUAACUCCAUUAGUUUCAUUGGGCCACAUUUCUAUGUUAGCACCAGAUCAGUUUGCUUCCCCAAUGAAAUCUGUAGUAGCAAAUUUUAUUGUGAAAGAUCUACUAAUGAAUGACAGGUCAACAGGUGAAAAGAAUGGGAAAUUGUGGUCUCCAGAUGAAGAAGUUUCCCCUGAAGUACUAGCAAAGGUACAGGCAAUUAAACUUCUGGUAAGGUGGCUGUUGGGUAUGAAAAACAACCAGUCUAAAUCUGCCAAUUCAACUCUUCGCUUAUUAUCGGCGAUGUUGGUUAGUGAGGGUGACCUGACAGAGCAAAAGAGGAUCAGUAAAUCUGAUAUGUCUCGCUUGCGAUUAGCUGCUGGCAGUGCCAUAAUGAAGCUUGCUCAAGAACCUUGUUACCACGAAAUUAUUACUCCAGAACAGUUUCAGCUCUGUGCACUUGUUAUUAAUGAUGAGUGUUACCAAGUCAGGCAAAUAUUUGCCCAGAAGCUGCAUAAGGCACUUGUGAAGCUACUGCUCCCAUUAGAGUAUAUGGCAAUCUUUGCCUUGUGUGCCAAAGAUCCUGUGAAGGAGAGAAGAGCACAUGCACGGCAGUGUUUACUAAAGAACAUUAGCAUAAGAAGGGAAUACAUUAAGCAGAACCCUAUAGCUACUGAAAAACUGUUGUCGCUGUUGCCUGAAUAUGUAGUUCCGUACAUGAUUCACCUGCUUGCCCAUGAUCCAGAUUUUACAAGAUCACAAGAUGUUGAUCAGCUUCGUGAUAUCAAAGAGUGCCUGUGGUUUAUGCUUGAAGUUUUAAUGACAAAGAAUGAAAACAAUAGCCAUGCCUUUAUGAAGAAGAUGGCAGAAAACAUUAAAUUAACCAGAGAUGCCCAGUCUCCAGAUGAAUCCAAGACAAAUGAAAAACUGUAUACAGUAUGUGAUGUGGCUCUGUGUGUCAUAAACAGUAAAAGUGCUCUGUGCAAUGCAGAUUCACCAAAGGAUCCAGUCCUCCCAAUGAAGUUUUUCACACAGCCUGAAAAGGACUUUUGUAAUGAUAAGAGUUAUAUUUCAGAAGAGACAAGAGUACUUCUGUUAACAGGAAAGCCAAAGCCUACUGGAGUACUGGGUACAGUGAACAAGCCUUUAUCAGCAACAGGAAGGAAACCUUACGUUAGAAGCACCGGCACUGAGACUGGGAGCAGUAUCAGUGUAAAUUCAGAACUGAACUCUUCAACAGGAAAUCGAGCAAGGGAACAGAAUUCAGAGACAGCAGAGACUGGAGAGAGUGAAAAUGAGGAGAACCCUGUGAGAAUUAUUUCUGUCAUACCUGCAAAGAACAUUGAGCCGGUAAAGAACAAGGAAAUUAAUUCUGACCAGGCUACCCAGGGCAACAUCAGCAGUGACAGAGGAAAGAAAAGAACAGUUCCCGCCGCUGGUGCAGAGAACAUCCAACAAAAGCCAGAUGAGAAAACAGACGAAUCGGGACCUCCCGCCCCUUCCAAACCCAGGAGAGGACGUCGACCCAAGUCCGAGUCUCAGGGCAACACAACCAAAAAUGAAGACAUAAACAAAGCCACUGGCAAGGGACGGAAGAGAGCCGCUGGGAGUCAGGACAGCCCUGGGGGUUUGGAGGCAGGCAGUGCCAAAGCACCCAAACUGCAAGAUGGAGCCAAAAAGGCAGCACCAGCAGAGAGACAGAUUGACCUGCAGAGGUAAAAAGAAAACAUUUGCAAAGGGAGAGAAUGAAGGCCAAACAGAAGCGGCUGCAGCUUCUGCAAAGACUUGGAUUCAGAACGUCCCGAGCAGAAACGAAGCUCACAUGAGCACACCCUUUCUGCCUUGCAAACUGCAAGAACCUACGGCUUCCUCUUCCCCUGACAGAGUCCCUGGGUGGAAAUGGACAGCAGAAACUCAAGACAGAGGCUUAAAGCUACUCUGCUCUCCUUCCUUAGACUUUUCCUAGGAAAAGUCAAUAAUUAAGCAAAUUGCUUAACAUUUGGUUCCAGUUCCUGCAUAUCUGGAGUUUAAAUGCAUAAUACAAUUAAUUUCCAUGCUGCAGUUUUUAUUUCAAAGAAAGUAACAAGAUGUCCCUAUAUUGACACUGAAAAUUCACCCACUCAAAAGCCAGGAAUUUCCAUGUUACACAAGAAAAGUAUAUAGAAGCCUACUGAAUUAAUUUUUUUUAGAAGAGAAGAGAUCAGAUUAAAUAUUUCUUGGUUUUUCCUUUUGGAAACUUAUGUAUAAUUCUUUUCUGCCUGUCUACUUUUCUGCAAAAAAUGAGAUGUACAGAUUUCAGUUCCCUGCUAUGAAAAGUGAUGUGGUAGCAAUUUUAUAAAUGUUGCUUUCUGAUUUUUAUCAGAGUGAGAAAAUAAUUAAAAAUAAUUAAAGUUAUUGAUUUUCAAGUAGUAAACACUUCAUAUUUUGAUUCCUCCCAUUUUAGUUUAAUAUAAUUUGCAAUAAAUGUACAUACUGUGUUUCAUAAACCAUAUCACUUUCCAGUGGUUUUUAGUCCCAUGACCAUGUCAGAAUAUUGGAAUUUUGAAAGAGUGGAGACUGUUCAGCAUUUGAUUUUAUAAUGUUUGUCACCAGAUUUUUAUUAUUGAUGUAAAAAAAAUCAAUUUUUUUUAAAUAGUUGGACUUCAGCAGCUUUGUAAGGAAAGUUGGGGGUGAGGGCUGCUCUCAGUUUUCAGCAUUGUGCUAUUGAGAAAUCAGUGUGGGAUUUGUCUGCUGGUCUGGGCUCAGUUUUUAUCUUUAUUUUAGAGACACCUACCACAGUAUGUUACGCUUCUUGGCAUUGUCCAGAUAGGUAAUGUGUACACUUUUGUGUGCACAUCAUCAUAUUUAAGGUUUUUGCAAAAAAUAAAUGCUUUUAGAUGUCAUGUCAGUCUUUUUAUCUUUUUAUGUUAUACUUGUGAAUUUUUUUAUGUGAAAGGGCUAAAAUCACAAACACCACGAUUACAGUCAACUCUCCAUUAUCUGUAUAAAGCAGCACAGCUCAGGCCUCCCUCCGGCCCUCGCUGGCCUGCAGGGGACUCGCUGGGACCCUGCCUCCUCCCACAGCUGUGUCACGCUUGCCAGCUCUGGGUGAGGCCGGACAAAAUUGUGCUCUCCCUACCUGAAGUGGACAUUUUGUGCUAUAACUCAGUCUUCAUAAGUUGUAGUCUUCACAAGAUACAAAACAAUCAGUGAACUGUCCAAAAGAAUGAAAUUUUCGGGCCGGGGAUUUAGCUCAGUGGAACAGCACCUGCCUGGCAAGCGCAAGGUCCUGAGUUUGAUUCCCAGUACCCCAAAACAUUUUAUUUUCAGUUCAGGCAUCCAUGCCUGUAAUGCUAGCACUCAGGAGGCUGAGGUGGUGGGAUCACAAGUACCAGCCUCGGCUACAUAGCCACACACACCCCAGAAGAAGAAUGUGCGGGCCACCAUGGUGGGCACCAGAGAUAAAAAAGGCCAGAGAAGAGCUUUGAACACUUGACACCCUGGGUUCGAGCCCCAGUAUUGCCCAAAAAAUUGGCUGGUAGGAAACAUCUCUUACUCAUAGAUAAUCAAGAGUUGGCUGUAACCUGACAGUGAGUGGAAGGUGACAUCAUUCAAAUACAUCCACAAACAGGCAUCAGAAGAUGAUUAGGGAAACUGCCUUUGGUGGGGGGCAGGUAACAGGUUCAAACUCAUGACCUUGCAUUGCCAGGCAGGCGCUUGUGACCCUGAGCUAAAUCUCCAACCUGAAGUCAUCCUUUAAAAGAGCAGCAAAGUUCUCUUCCUGUCCAUCGCCUCUUCAUAACUCUAGAAAAUACAACCACUGCCUCGCACACACGGAGCAGGCACAUCUCUGCACACGGCCCGGCAGAGGUGGAGAGGCCAUCUCGGCACCAGGCAGCUCCUUCCAUUUUCUGUGGUGCAAGGGACGGAACCAUGGGCCUCCGGGCCUCGGGGCCGGCUGUGACAGCACAGCGCCUGUGCGGAGGGGCAGGGAAGCGUGGUCCGCAGUGCUGUUCCUGCUGUUCCCUGCAGCCGAGCUCGGGCGGUGUCCGGCUGCGCAGGCCCUCCCAGAGCGGCCGCGGCUGGGGCGCUGCAGGAGGCACCGCACGGGGAGAGGAGCCAUCUCACGGAGCAGGGCUUGUUUACAAGAAAUUGGUUCAUUUUCCUUUGAAAAGGAAAACAAAAUCUCUUGGGAAUUUGGUAUUCACAUCUCAGAGAAAUACAACACAAAAGUGCAGACUUAUAUUUGAGGAUAAAUGUUAACCCUUAAUGUCCAGGUUGAAGCUUCUUGUAUUUGUCUAAAACUACAAGCCAGAAUUUUGUAUCUCCUUUGAUAAAAAGUGUGUAUAAUGUAAAGUAGUUUUGCAUAUUCUUGUGCUGCACAUGGGCUGAAUUUUUAGAAUUUUUUUAAAGACUUGAAGCAGAACCUUGUAAUUUGUGUAAAUGACAAGUGUAAAAUCCUACCAUACAAUGCUAAAAAUAUGCACUGUUUCGAAUAAAACCAAGAAAUGCAGCAUUA